CAUCCUCUUUGGUUCCCAGGCCCGGGUCUGCCCAAGGUUAGGAGACUGGGGGGCUUAGACCCUUGGGUGACUUAAUGUGGCCCUUGCCCAGCCUGCCGAAGACCCCCCACUUCUGCCCCCCUCAGCUCUCCCUGGAUCCGCUGGGUCCCGAGUGGGACUGCCCCCUGGGCUCCAAGGACCUGGAGGAAGAGGAGGGCCCGUGGGGCGGGGGCUCUGGCCUGCCGCCCCCGGGCUGCUUCCCUGGCUCCUGGCGCCACGACGUGGGCCUGGACUGCAAGGGCGCCUCCGAGGGGGCGGACGCCCAGGCCUGGACUGCACACUACUACAGCCUCCUGCAGAGCUGUCUGCAGCAAGCGGGCCUCCCGGAGACCCAGGACCGCAGCCAGGCGCCCCGCACAGGCUGCCCUGGGGCGGAGGUGACCUUGUGCAUUCUGGGGUCCCCCAGCACCUUUCUGUCCGUGCUGCUGGAGGCUGGGGUCCAGAGCCCGGGAAACAUGCUCCUUUGCCUGUCCCCCGCUUGGCUGACAAAGGUGCCAGCCCCAGGGCAGCCGGGUGAGGCAGCCCUGCUGGUCUCCAAGGCCGUGAGCUUCCACCCGGGGGGCCUGACAUUCCUGGAUGACUUUGUUCCCCCUCGUCGGGCCACCUACUUCCUGGCUGGCCUGGGGCUGGGGCCUGGCUGGGGUCGAGAGGCGGCUGAGCUCGCCCGCGACCUGACCUGCCCCACCGGAGCCUCAGCCGAGCUGGCCCGGCUGCUGGAGGACCGGCUGCUGACGAGGCGGCUGCUGGCUCAGCAGGGCAACGUGGCCGUGCCAGCCACCCUGGCUUUCACCUACAAGCCAUCAGCACUGCUGCGGGGAGGGGAUGCCAGCCCGGGACUACGGCUGGUGGAGCUGAAUGGCAAAGAGGGCCAGGAGACACUGGUGAAGGAGGAAGUGGGGGCCUUUCUGCGUUCCGAGGCCCUGGGUGAUGCCCUGCAGGUGGCCGUGAAGCUCAGUGGCUGGCGCUGGCGAGGGCGGCAGGCCUUGCGUCUGUAUCCACGAGCUGAGCAGGGCCCAGUGGUGGACACAGUGCUGGCGUUGCUGGAGAAACUGGAAGAGGAGGAGAGUGUCUUGGUGGAGGCUGUCUGCCCACCUGCCCGGCUCCCCUUUGCAGGCAGCCCUCCCCCCGGCCCUGAGCUGGCCCUGCGGAUCUGUGCGGUGGUGUGUCGGACACAGGGUGACAGGCCCCUGCUGAGCAAGGUGGUAUGCAGCGUGGGCCGUGGGGACCGGCCUCUGCGACACCAGAGCUCCUUGCCCCGGACCCUGGAGGCGGCGCUGGCCCAGUGUGGCCUGGCGGAGGCCUCGCAGGUGGCAAUCGUGCGGCAGCGCGUCAAGGCGGCGGCCGAGGCCGCGCUAGCCGCCGUGCUGACCCUGGAGGCCGGCCUGAGCGCUGAGCAGCGCGGUGGACGCCAGGUCCGCACUGACUUCCUCGGGGUGGACUUCGCCCUGACGGUGGCCGGUCGUGCGCUGACCCCCGUGGCCCUGGAGUUGAACGGAGGCCUGUGUCUGGAAGCGUGCGGCGCGCUCGAGGGGCUGUGGGCCGUGCAGCGCCCAGGCCUGGCGGCCGAGGAGGCGGCGGCCGCGCCGCUGGUGGAGACGAUGCUGCGGCGCUCGGCGCGCUGCCUCAUGGAGGGAAAGCAGCUGCUGCUGCUCGGCGCCGGCGGCGUCAGCAAGAAGUUCGUGUGGGAGGCGGCGCGCGACUACGGGCUCAAGCUACACCUGGUGGAGUCAGACCCCAACCACUUUGCGUCCCAGCUGGUGCAGACCUUCAUCCACUUCGACGUCACAGAGCACCGGCGGGAUGAGGAGAAUGCCCGGGUGCUGGCGGAGCUGGUGCGGGCACGCGGCCUGCAGCUCGAUGGCUGCUUUUCCUACUGGGAUGACUGCCUGGUGCUCACAGCCUUGCUCUGCCAGGAGCUGGGCCUGCCUUGCAACCCACCAGCCGCCAUGCGCCUGGCCAAGCAGAAGAGCCGCACCCAGCUGCACCUGUUGUGCCGCCGUGGCCCACCCUGGCCCGCGCCCUCCCUCUAUGCUGUGCCCUGCUGUCCACUAGAGAGUGAGGCCGAUGUGGACAGGGCUGUCCGCCAGGUGCCCCUACCAGGCGUCAUGAAGCUGGAGUUUGGGGCCGGCGCGGUGGGUGUGCGGCUGGUGAAGAAUGCCUCGCAGUGCCGUGAGCACUUUUCCCGGAUCGCCCGAGACUUGCAGGGCGAGGCUGACCACCCGGGCAUUGGGCUGGGCUGGGGCAAUGCUAUGCUGCUGAUGGAGUUCAUCGAGGGCACGGAACAUGAUGUGGAUCUGGUGUUGUUCGGCGGGCGGCUGCUGGCUGCCUUCGUCUCUGACAAUGGCCCCACGCGGCUGCCUGGCUUCACUGAGACCGCAGCCUGCAUGCCCACUGGGCUGGCCCCGGAGCAGGAGGCGCAGCUGGUGCAGGCCGCCUUCCGCUGUUGCCUGGGCUGCGGGCUGCUGGACGGGGUCUUCAACGUGGAGCUCAAGCUGACCGGGGCUGGGCCGCGGCUCAUUGAGAUCAACCCCCGCAUGGGCGGCUUCUACCUGCGAGACUGGAUCCUGGAGCUUUAUGGUGUGGACCUGCUGCUGGCUGCAGCUAUGGUGGCCUGUGGCCUGCGACCUGCCCUGCCAGCCCACCCCCGCGCCCGGGGCCACCUGGUGGGUGUCAUGUGCCUGGUGUCCCAGCACCUGCAGGCACUGAGUUCCACCGCCAGCCCUGAGACCCUGCAGGCUCUUCACGACCAGGGCCUGCUGCGCCUCAAUCUGCUGGAGGAGGCCCUGGUGCCUGGCGAAUACGAGGAGCCCUACUGCAGUGUGGCCUGUGCUGGGUCCAGCCCAGCCGAGGCCCGUCACCGCCUGCUGGGCCUCUGCCAGGGCCUGGGCAUUGACGGGCCCCACUACCCCGUUGCCUACUUCUUGUCCCAUUUCAAAUAGCGCUGGGGCCAGAGGGCAGGGGGAAAGUGCUGGAGGGGGUGCUGUGGUACCCUCUGCUCCCUGGAGCUCUCCCUGCUUCUCUUCCCACGGCCCCGCCCCACCCUGGGCUGGUCCACUCCAAGGCCCCAGGUCUUUCCAGAGCCCAGGGCUCUUUCGACACCAAGGCCUCCUGGACUUGAGGGCAACAAAAGAAAGUAUCUGGUGAGCCGCUGCGGGGCCUUCUUGCCCUCUCGAAGGCCUCCGUCCAGCCCCACAGCUGCCCAGGACUCUAGCCAUGGAGAAGCAGCACCUGUACACACAGACACACACACCCCCUGCCCCCAGGUUGGUGGGAGUAGGUCCAAACCCAGCCCAUCCUUCCCACCACCCCCCAGGUCUGUUUCUCUUCCUGCUGCCUAUAGAAGAGAGCCUUGAACAAAUCCCAAGAAAACCUGAGACUAAACCCCUCAUCCUCCUACUCUCACUCCCUCAUUUAACAAAUUCCAGAUAGUUCUAGAGCCUGCUGACAACUUUUGGCAGUGCCCCGUCUGCCUCAUUCGGCCUGAGCAGUAGAAGCAGGUGACCUGGGGUCAGCAGUAACCAUCUCCCCUCCAGGCAGACACUAUUGCUCCAUUCUACAGAUAAGGAAACAGGCUCAGAGAGGAACAGCCACUGCUUCAGUGUCUUGCCACUGUGAUGGAAGGGUUGAGGACAAGAUGCACAUCCAGAUUUCCGCUUUUACUGAGCCCUACCCACCCACUCCCAUGGACCCAUGGACCAGGGAGCCUGGUAGGCUACAGUCCAUGGGGUUGCAAAGAGUCGGACAGGACUGAGCGACUUCACUUCACUUCACUUCACUUCACCCGCCCACUCAGCUUCCGGGCCCCACCCACCUCUUUACCCUCAUUCACAUGUGGUCCUGAGACAGGUGAACACCCCUCCAUGCACUCUGCACCUUAUCCACCUAGCUCUGGUGCUUUGGCCUCAGGCACACUUAACUUGCAUUGGCAGAGGAGACGACACUCCUGUUCUCAUUCAGGGAAAGCUGCUCUAAGGACUCUUUCUCCGUGCAGCACAGGAGCUGUGGACAGCUCCACAGGCAUCCCUCUCCAAAUAAAGGCUUAUGGACUAGUGA